AUGGCCCCUCAAGGCAUUGGGAAUCUUCAUUUUCUCCCUGUUGUCCUUGGUUGCUUUGCAAUCAUUGCUUUCUUCACUGCGUAAGUAUUAUGGAUGUAUAAAGUUAUAUAAGAUUACCUACAAUUUACUUGUAAUCAACCCUUGCGUGACCAAUUAAGAUUUACUAUUAGCAAUAAUGAUAAAGGUGACAAUUUCCUCAAAUGUGAUUCCUCAAAUAUCAUUCCAUAUAAUUGUAAUCAGACAGUUGGCUUUUAUUGCACCCCUGUAAUCGGACAGUUGAAGCAGUCAAUCAUACUAAGUCCACUUAACUAAAUCCACUAAUCAAGUAAUUGAUCACAGUAAUCACAGCAACAACCACUUGAUAUCCUAAUAGAUAAAAAUGGGACAUUCCCAAAAAUAGAGAAAUUUUUAACAGGACAUUUUGUCAUCCAAUUCUGUCUAUAGUCAUGGUCAUGAUUGACAAAUUGGACUCCUACUUCGCAGUCAUCUGAUUUUGUUCAUUACUUGCAUGAUUACAGACUAAAUUGGAGUCCUCCCGGUCCUAUUACCAGUAUGAACUGAUGAAAAUUUAUACUUUUUGAUGAAAAUGCAAUGAUCCUUGGAUAUUAAUAUUGAAGUCAUUGUUCUUGAGCAGUUGAUGAAUCUGAUUUUUCAAUGGGAUGGUCAAUUGCUGUUAUUGAUUUUUAUUGAUUGUCUUUGUCCAUCAGGAUUUAUCUUUAUUUCACAUUGUAUCAAUUUGUAAUUUGCACCAUGACAAACAAAUUGACAUCUGAUGAUGGUCGUAGAAUUUAGCAUUUAGUAUUUUUGAUUAUCUGUUGAUCAGUGUUUAUUUUGUUGGUCAUGCCAGGAGAAUGACUUUAUGCAUGUAGUCACAAGUCAUUGUAAGUCAGUGAGUGUAAUAAUUCUGUAGUUGAAGGUUGAAUAUAGUGCAAGGGCAAAUUUAGCAGGUAACAUGGGACAUGGAUGAGAUUCUCUUUCCAAUCAUCAUGUAUAUAAGUAAUACAUUAUAUUUCUAUUAUUAGCUAUGGCAUGUCUGUAAAGAGAGGGGAUGUCAAUGCUCUUUGGCCGUAUAUAAGGUUUGUUGGAACUAAAAAUAUGUUAAUGUUGUAUUCAACUGGUCUCAGUGACGGCACUUUAUGUGCUGUAGCAUAUAAAUGGGUUGAUUUUAUAGCUAAGUUGUAAAAAAGUAGUCAUAACACUGAGUGCACCCUUAAAAGGACAUUUUCAUUUCCUACUUGAAAUAAACACAAUCAAGUAAUUUUGAUGGUUGAAUAUCCCACUAGGUUCUAUUUUAGAUGGCAACAAGAUCUUUUUUUGUAGGAGUCCUUAGGAGAUCAUGCAGAGGGAAGGCAUGGAACAUCCUAUGAUUGAACAUGCCAGCGGCACAAAAUUUUAGUUUCUUAUGGCCAAUAUUUGUUCUGUUUGUUUCCUCAAACUAAGUGCUUUAACCCUUUCACUCCCAAAAUCUCAUGAGCAAUUCUCCUUACUAUCUGCCAUACAAUUCUUAUGAUGUUAGUGUGGAGAAUUUGGUAUAGCAUCAGCUAGUAAUACCCUAAUUUAUAUUUUUCUUUAUUCUCGUCACUUGUUUGCUUGAUAUUGUAUUAAAACUGUAAGGAGAAAUGAUGUCCUGGUCACUCAUCAAAGUUAAAGGAUUAAAUUCUUAUUUGGUCCUCCACAUGUUAUUUUCAAGAUCAUUUUUAAAAAUUCUGUAAUUAAAUCCAGUGGUGGAAAUUUUCUUGUGGGGAAAAUAAUAAAAAGCAGGGAAGGAUAAUUGGAUAUUUUUGGGAUAAGAUUGGGCUCAAAUUGGGAAUUUAUGAAUUUUAAAUGAACACAAUUAAUGUUGUUGUAUGAUUAAAUUUCUGGAGGGGGGGAAUAAAUCUUUUGCAGACCCUUCCAUCCUUUUUUGUCUGUAUCUAACAAGUUUGAACCAUGACAUUUCUUUGGUGAAAUUCAUGUUCUUUGACUGUUUUUCUGUUUGUUUCUCUUUAGUGAUGCAGGGUCUCGUGCACCUGAGAGUUGCAUCUUUGGACAGUUUCUCAAUAUGGCUGCAGUGAUUGGUAUUGUGAAGAUCUUUUCUAUCUCAUAGUUAAGAUGAUACAUUCUUAAGAAUUCUUUUGGUAGAUAAACUGAAAGAACUUUGAUCAUAAAUGAGUAUUUUAUCUAGCUUGCUCUUACCUUUAACACCAUGGAAACAGUUGUCGAAUGAUCUGAGUUGUUCAUGCUGACUAAAAAUCAAAACAUAUAACUUUAUUUAAAAGUUGUUUGUUGGACAGUAUUUAUCCUCAAGGUGUAUAUUCCCUCUAGCCAUGAUCUCUAUAACUAGGGUUAAAUGUUAUUAUUUUUGUAUUACUGUUUCAUUGAGUGCAGCCAACUAAAUAAUUUGAUCAAAACUUAAUUCCACUCAACAGUAUGCCUAUUUCUUUAUGAAAUUACACAUUUUUUUUUCCUUUUUCCACAUAAUGCACACAAUACUUUCAGGUCAGAUUUUUCAAAUCCCCAUAUUUGCAAGAGCCAUCUUUGACAUAAAUGUUUUAGAUUAUUGUUUGAUUAAUUUGCAGCAUUUGUAGUAAUGUAUAUCCACUACAGACAUGUAAGAGAAUCCAAUGUCACAGACAUGCCGAUAAUCUCGAAUCUUAACUAUUGGUCCUUGUGGAUAGCAGCCUUUACAUGCUUGGGUCUCUCCAUGGUUGCAAAUUUUCAAGUAAGUUAGGCAAAAUCUGAGUACUGAAAUUAUUAAGUUGCUAUCAAGGGUGUGUUAUUGUGAGCAAAACCCCAUUAUUUUUGUGAAAUCCAAUUUUUGUUUAACACAUUUGGGGAACUGUUUUAUUUUUUAACUUGUUCUUUUUUGAAGAAAAUUGUAGUAAAAACAAGUGAUGUGUUGUGAAAUUUUCCCCAUGACAAUUACCAUUAUCAACAUAAAAAAAAAGCAAUCUAGCUUCAACAUCCCUUGUACCCCUCCCCCCUUGGAGGGGGGUGGGGAAUUUGAACCUUUCCAGGGUAGUGGAGAAUUUGAACCAGAACUGCUCUCCCGCUAAAUGAAUGUGUUUUAUCCUCUAAUGUGGAAGUGUAUAAAUGUAGAAAGUUCACUUUUGUAAGCAGAUGGCUCAGAAGAAGAGGUCCACAAGAAUUGCACAGUUGCUAAUUCAGCACUUGGGUGGGGGCACUUGAAGAAGGGAGGGGGGGGAGGGGUGUUGAAGCUUUAAAUUGAUCAACACCUAAGUUCAAUUCAUUUGGUUUUAAAUAAAAUGAAUAUCACUUCCUCCUCUUGGCAAGAGAGAGGUAUUUUAAUAGUUCAAGACACCUUCUGGAAAGUUGAUAGGGAAAAAAACUGUGGCUGAUAUCUUGAGUACAGUCCAAGGCUUGAAGGCACAGUUGAUUUUUUUGUUGUUGUUUUUUUGUUUUUUUACAUACAGACUGAACUAGAUUGGUUAGUAACUUGUUUAUUUUUUCUGCUGGUUUGCUUUUUUCCUCUUGGCUGGAAUGGCAGAGAAAAAAACUCCAGACACUGGUCUGUAUUGUAAGAAGUUGGACUGGUUAUGGGCCAGGCCUGCUCGGAUACUUCAAAAAGAUAAAAACUAUAAAAUAAUUGUCACAAAAAAAGGGGGCCUGAUGUUUAUGAAGGCAGGCAUUUCUCAAUCUUCCCAACACUCUUUCAAUUACUGACAGUGUAAUGAUAUAGAUUGCUAUUGUUCUUUUAUAGGAGACAAAUUCUUUGCCAACACAUUUGACAGGCGCUAUCAUGGUGUUUGGUUUAGGAACACUGUACUGCUGGAUGCAGGCCUUUAUUUCCCAUUUAAUGCGAAAUCAGGCAACAAGCUCUGCCCUUAGCUCUUGCACCCGAUUUAUUCUUUCAGCUCUCAUAUCUGUGUUCUUUAUCAUCAGUAUCCUCUUUCAGUUAGAUCAAACUUUGCUAUCCACAUGUCAGUGAGAUGGAAUGUGCAGUGUGAGUUCAUCAUCACAGUGCACUGUAUACUAGAUCAGAAACAUAGCUUAGACAGUUGGUCAGGAUCAUAAUACAUAUUACCUUAAAAGGCCAUUGAGUUUAUAUAAGUACCAGCAAAAUGUCAUAAAAGUUCAUCUAAAUUGUAGACUAGAAAAUGAGGAGAGCAGGAUGGUGCUUUGGUGAUACCACUCAACUCCCACUGCUCUGGCCUUGGGUUGAUUCCCAGACCUGUUGCCAUAUGUGGGUUGAGUUUUUUGUUGGUUCUUAUCCUUGCUCUGAGGUUUACUCUCCUAGUCUUCUGGGUUUCUUCCCUCCAGAAAUACUAACUUUUUACAUUCCAAUUCAACCUGGAAACAGUGGACAAGAAGAGCUACCUCGUGGGAUGUCCACUGCUAAAUGCCCAUUGUUCCCCUUAUCAUUCCCAUAUUAUCUACAACGAGUGGCAAUAUUCCUUUCUGUUGUAUGGCACAGUUACUGGGAUAGGCUCUUGAAGCUAUGCUAGUCUUUCAUGCACGCAGUCUUCAAGUAUAGAAGCUGUUUUUAUCCUUGCUCCAAUAUGCAGAUCAAGUUAGUAUUAGUAAUUCCAAUUUUUGUAGCUUCAUGAGUUAAGCAGAGGGUUUUAGGAAAUUUAAGAUCUGAUGCCAAGACAAAUUAUUGCUGAUUUUGUCCUUGAUGUUAAAUUAAUUUUGAAAAUAGCACUAGCAGCUGGAGGUGCUGCCUCAGCGGCAUACAAAGAACAGCAUAAGAACACAAGUGACAUGACUGCUGAACUCAAGUGGAACAAAACAGAUGAUGUAAGUACUCAGACAAAUCGCUUGCCCAUCCUUUGCGUGCACAGGGAAUACCAGUUCUUACUGAUUGAGGAGUAUCAUUCUCCAGUUUAGCCUUAGAUGUUUCCUAGAUUUUGUAAUCGAAGUUCCCUAUUCUGCUAUCAAGUUAAUUGAUGUGUGAGGAAAUUCUCUGAUUGUAUAAUUUUGUGGCUCAUUUGGCAAUGAUUUUACUGUAGAGAUCCUCCUAGAUCCAAAUAUGUCUCUUGUGCCUUUUUUUUUUUUUUUGUUUGUUUUUAAUCUGAUACUUCAUCAUUUGCCCUGACAAAGAGCUAACACUCGAAACUUCAACUUUUUAAAAUGUUUACAGUGGCCAAUUUACGUUAUUAACUAAGUUAAUAGAACCAAAUUACCCUGUUGUACUCUCCCAGCAACACAACACCACAGUUUCUCUAGAAACUUACCCCCUUUAAUCAUAUUUCUUGCUCUAACUUAUUGUGAUUGCAUUUUUUUGUUUACCAUAACAGGGAUACAAUGCCCAUCUGGCGAGUACUUUCAGUGAAUGGUUGAUGAGCAUAUGUUUCCUUCUCUACUUUCUGACAUACUUCCGAGAGUUUCAAAAGAUAAUUGUCAUCAUUCAAGUACAACCGAAGAAUGCAGAGAUCUUCUCCUCUGGCCAAAGUCAUCAUGAUGAAGCAAGAAUAGUUGUUUAAAGUCACAAAAUGAUGUCUCUUACCAGGUUUUACUAAGUGGAUGUAUGAUUUUUAGGUCUGAUUAUUUAUGUUUAUAUCAGGAAGAAGAAUUUAUAGCAGCAGUAGACCAUGGGAAGCCUUCCUGUACAAACAGUUCAGUGCUUCUGCUGCAUUAGUGGUGGUUUACUUUUUUUUCGGUUUUAGAGCAUUUACAAGUUGUUAACCCUUAACCCUUUAACUCCCAAAAGUGAUUAACAUGUUACUUCUCCCUAUAAUAUCCAUACAUUAUCCUGCAAGCAGGUAAUGAGAAUACUCAAACUUAUUUGGUUAAAGUUGUUAUCUAGAUCUAAGACCAAAUUCUCCCAGCUGCUUUACAAGGAAAUGUUUAGCAGCUAGAGGAGAGAAUUAACAAUCAUAUCAUAGGCGUUAAAGGGUUAAAACCCUAAGAGUGACCAGCAUCUAAUUUCUCCUGACAGUAAUACUGCUAAAUCAUUCAUUAAGAUCAUGAGAAUAAAGGAAAUGUUCACCAAUCUAAGAAGCUUUGAUCUUCAAAUGAAUUCUCUUUGUCAGUUCCAAAAGAAAGAUAUGGAGAAGAGUAGGGAGAAAAUGGAUACUGAUGUUAGGGUGUAAAGGGUCAAUGAAGAGAAGUGUUCAGGAGUCUUUCAAGCAGCCUAUCAAAAACAGUCACAGAUUAGCACUGCCGUAAGGUGCAGCUUAAAGGCUGUGAUGAGUACAGAUAAUAUUGAAUGGUUGUAAAAUUUCUGCAAAACUCUUAACAAAUCUGAGUGCAUAAGGAAGGUUUAUGUCCUACAUAAAUGUAAGCAGCUACAUUACAAGACAGAAUUUUCUCCAAUAUCAAUGCACUAAAAAUCAUCAAUUGGAGGAUUUUUUUUUUGGCUGAUCCAAAACCAAAUUCUCCCAACUAACAUCAGAAUUGUAAGGAAGACAGUAAGGAGAAUUAGUAACGAGAUCUUAGUAUUGAAAGGGUUAAUUAAAGUUCUGUUGAUCUUGGUUAUGCCGUGGUUUCAUAUCCUGGAAUUAAAGUUUAAGAAAGAACACA